CUUGGAGCGGCACGGCAACGGGCAACCCCACCACCGCCUCACCGAGACCGAGAGACCGCCCGUCACCAAACGGCGAUUAAAUACCCUUAAACGCGCCCGCGCGACCCAGAGAGAGAGACCCGGCCCCGCAUUCCAUUCCGUGCCACCGCCGCCGCGCUGCGUCUGCCGUCUGCGUGCAGGCCGCGCUCACCCGCAGCAUGAACGACGCUCACGCGCACGCCGCGAUGAUGCAGCAGGCGCUGGGGAUGUCGCUGCCGAUGGCGCAGUUCCUGCCCGACCAGGGCAGCGCCAAGCUGACCAGGCCGCCGGGGCUGCCGCCGACGCCGCCACAGGCGUUCGCGGCGCUGCAGCGCGGGGACGUGUGCAUGGAGGCCGUCGUCGACCCCGCGGCGCAGCAGCAGGGCCCGCGCAAGGCGCACCGGCGCUCCCGCAGCGACGUCCCGUUCGGGUACUUCCCGCCGGCGUCGGGCGGCGGCGGCCACGGACACCACCAGCUCCCGCCGCCCAAGGUGGAGGCCGGCUGGGGCGGCGGCCACCUCCACGGCGGCGGAGGCGGCGACGAGGACCUGUUCAACGCGUACCUUAACCUGGAGGGGCUGGACGGGCUCAACUCCUCCGACGACCGCCACGACGACGGGGACAGCCGUGGGAGCAGCAUGAAGACCAACGGCGCCGACAGCAGCGAGAACGAGUCGGACGAGUGCGCCGCCGACAGCCGCGCCGGGAUCCGCCUCUGGAGCGAGGCUGCCGUUGCCGCCGCCGCCGACAGGCGGGAGGGGCUCAAGAGGACCGCCGCGGGGGAGCCGGCCGCCGCACCCUUGCCGCGCCACGCCAGGAGCCUGUCCAUGGACAGCCUCAUCGGCAAGCUCAACUUCUCCGCCGGCGCGACGGGCGCCGCCAGCGGCGUCAUUCCGGGGCCCAACAUGUUCAAGCUCGAGUUCGGCAGCGGCGAGUUCACCCCCGGCGAGAUGAAGAAGAUCAUGGCCGACGACAAGCUGGCCGAGAUGGCGCUUGCCGACCCCAAGCGCGUCAAGAGGGUGCUCGCCAACAGGCAGUCGGCGGCGCGGUCCAAGGAGCGGAAGAUGCGAUACAUUGCGGAGCUGGAGCAGAAGGUGCAGAUCCUGCAGACGGAGGCCACCACUCUCUCCGCCCAGCUCACGCUUCUCCAGCGUGACUCCGCGGGGAUCGCGACGCAGAACAACGAGCUCAAGUUCCGGCUGCAGGCCAUGGAGCAGCAGGCGCAGCUGCGUGACGCAUUGAAUGAGGCACUGACAGGCGAGCUCCAACGCCUGAAAGUCGCGACUGCAGAGCUCGGGGAUUCUUGCUCGUCCAACAAUCUAGCCCAGCAGAUCCAAAUCAGCGUUCAGGAGCAGAUGUUUCAACUGCAUCAGCAUCAGCAGCAGCAGCAACAGCAGGCGACGCCGAUACCGUUCUACCAGCUGCAGCAGGCGCAGCAGAAUGGCGCAGGGAUGAAGCAUGAAUCCAAGGAAUGAUGAUCUCAGAGCCAUUAUCCACCACUGAGUGGUCAGAAAAAAAAGAAAAGAAAAGAUCGGUUUAGAUGAACUGAAACUAUUUCAUUUCCUAACUCAUUGGUUUUAAAUGUCGUUAAUAAGCACCGUGCAUUUUUUUUCCAGGUCAUGAACCUGCUGCGUGUUCCUGUUUUAUUUAUUUAUUCUUUGGAUGAUGAUACAGUUGCUUGAGUUACCAAACUGAUCAAAUUGUAGCCGAUUAAUAUUCUUUUAUAAUACUAGUAGUGUUUAUUGA